ACUUAAUGUGACUUAUUGAAAAAAAGGCAAGGCUCCCUAUUCAUGGAUAAAAAUCCGAGGUAAUCGGAGCACAGCAGAAAAAGUUUUGCAAAAGGAUAUGUAGACAAACGAGUUCUGCUGAUUUCACCGAAGUUUUGUUUGGAAAAGUGAUUUUGUUUAUAUUGAUUAUUGUAUAAAAGUGCAGGGGUUGAACCGACGAGCACAUAAGCAAAGGACGGUGGCGCUUCAGGGAAGAGGUGCUGUGAGGAAGAUCUCUAUCUCUCUCACACAAUCACAGCCGCACCCGAGUCGCAUCCAACUGCAUUUCUAUCUACCUACUCUGCAAUAGCAUGGCCAGAUCUAGUAAAGCGACUUUAGCUUUGCUCAUCUACGGAAUCAUAAUGCACUACAGCGCCUUCUGCACGCCUAUUGGGAUGACUUUUCCCAAUAUAAGACUAGACAACAAUGUGUUUGACGAAGACGGAAACUCGUUAAGCGACCUGGCUUUUGGGACUGAUCAAAUUGCUAUACGAAGUCCUCCCUCUCUCACAGAUGACCUAUACACGUUAUACUACCCGCCAGAGAAAAGAACGGAAAGGCAUGCAGAUGGAUUAUUAGAUAGAGCCUUGAGGGACAUCCUGGUUCAGUUAUCAGCACGAAAAUAUCUGCAUUCUCUGAUGGCAGUUCGCGUAGGCGGAGGAAGCAGCGAGGAGGACGAAUCGGAAACCUUAUCAAAAAGGCAUUCGGAUGGGAUCUUCACCGACAUUUACAGUCGCUACCGAAAACAGAUGGCCGUCAAGAAGUAUUUAGCAGCCGUCCUGGGAAGAAGGUACAGACAGCGAAUUAAAAACAAAGGACGUCGAUUUGCUUAUUUGUAGCGCUGACAAAACUGCCCCCAAAUGCCCCUCCAUGUGUACAUUCAGUUCUAAGAUCAACGUCAUUCUGAUAUAACUGAUCAGUCAGUGGAUCGCGCCUGUGUUCUUUAAACAUGUAUUUAUGUAUGAAGUAAAGCCAUUAAAAUGAAUAUUUUACUAAUAACAUUGUUUUUCUUUUUGUACAAAAGCACUUGAAACCGCACAGUUAUACUUUGUGGACCAACCGUUCAGUUUCAUGUAUAUAGCUAUAUAUGUUAAAAACAAAAGAGAACAAAAACUAUCAGAAGAAGAAAAAAAAAGAGAAGAAGAAAAAAAAAAAUUGUGCACCUUGAACGUUAUUGCGCCUGAUAUCUUUUCAAAUUCAUCAUCAUAUGCAGAAAAUAAAUAGAUUUUAAAAAGACAA